AUGGAGAAGAACAGUUAUAUGGAGUUAUCAUUGAAUAUUAUCAUCCACAUCGCUGAUCUUGCCCUUCACGAUAUAGAUUUUGGAAAUUGGAACCCACACCAGAAGAGUGAAAUUCAAAGCCAUGGCCUUGCUAGUCUCCAUCUCACGCCGUCGCUUAACUCGACGCGUCUUCCUCAUCAUAUUAUUCUCUCUGCAACUUCCACCAAUCUUCUUCGCAUCACACUCAUCUUUCACCCUCAAUUCCUACUCAGCAGUGAUCAGGAGGAGGAUGUUGGGUCAGAAGUUCCGAGGGAGUCCAAACGACCACUUACUUUUGCGAGUGUUGUUAGAGAUGUGAUGAAAGCACUUUCGACGCAUGAAUUUUUGACAAAGUUGGAACCUUUUGUGCGGAGUGUGGUGCAGGAUGAAGUGGAGCGUGCAAUUGUACUCUAUCAUCAGUCCUCUCCAAGAUCAUCACUCGAUCUAUUUGAAUCAUCUCAAGAAAGGCCUGAAAGGGCUUGGCAAUUGCAUUUUGAUGAUAAGUUGCCCUCUACCCUCUUCACAAGCAGCAGAAUAGAAUCUCGGGAUCGUAAACCAGUUAAAGUAGUCAUACUUGAUGCAAUUUCCAAGAAGAUUAUAACAUCUGGCCCCUUCUCUUCAAUUAAGAUUGAAAUUGUGGUGCUUGAUGGUGAUUUUGGGGCUGACGAUCAAGAGGAUUGGACUGAGAAGGAGUUUAAUGCGAAUGUUGUGCGUGAAAGAGAAGGCAAAAGGCCAUUGGUGACCGGCGAAUUGGUAAUUUCAUUGAGAGGUGGAGUUGGUUAUAUUGGUGACGUCAACUUUACAGAUAAUUCGAGCUGGAUAAGAAGUCGAAGGUUUAGAUUAGGAGCAAGACCUGUUCAAAGCAUUUCCACUGAAGUAAGAAUUAGAGAAGCAAGAAGUGAGGCCUUUGUAGUAAAAGAUCAUCGUGGAGAGUCAUAUAAAAAGCAUCAUCCUCCAUACUUGGGUGAUGAAAUAUGGCGUUUGGAGAGGAUAGCCAAAGAUGGUGCAUUCCAUAGAAGGUUAGCUCUAAAGGGAAUAACCACAGUUAAGGAAUUUCUGCAGUUGUAUCAUGUUGACCAAUCUUCACUACGCAAUAUACUUGGUGGUGGGAUCUCAAACAAGACAUGGGAGACAAUCAUAGUACAUGCUACAGCUUGUGUUCUGGAUGAUAAGCUCUACAUAUACUAUAGGGAUGCAGAAGGGGUUAGGCUUGUGUUCAACUCCAUCUUCAAGGUUGUAGCAGCGACCUUUGAUGGCCAAAAUUACCAGCCUCUGGAUAAGCUUGAUGCAUUUCAGAUGCAGGGGUUGGUGGAAAAUUUGAAGACAUGUGCUUACAAAAAUUUGAAUGACUUGGUUCCACUUGUUGAUACAUCAACAUUUGGACCUGCAAUGCUACCAUCAGGCCUUCUAGCUGACCCGUACAGCAGUCCAAGUUCAAGUCUGCAGGAUGUCAACUUCUCAGGGGUGCAACAAGAUCUGCUUGAGAUGCCGCUGGCUUGCAAUCAUAUGGCAACUUCACCACCAUAUAUUUACAAUGUAGAAGAUGGUAAUCAACAAGAAGUUUCUGUGGUACAACAAUAUCAACCUCUGCAAGUUUUCACUCCAACAUUAAGGAACAGUUUGAUGGCUACAAAUUCUUACUCUGGACCCUAUGGUGGCGGAAACAGUUGGGCUCCAAGUGGAUCUUCGGGGCCAGUCUUGCAGAUUGGUCACCUAACUUCUGAUGACAAUUGUCCGUCAGAACCAACGACUUGGCAAGGGAAUGGAUUGUUCUUGGCUUCAAGUAAUGAAACAGUUGGAAAUGUUUCUUCUAAUUUUGGCAUCUGUGAUUCGAGGAAUGGAAAACCUAAAGCGAGGUGGUGUAUGAUUCGGGCUGCGAUAAAGUGGGUAAUUUCGGUUAGGCGGGUUGUGGCUGCUAAAAGAAGAAUGGCAAGGCUUCGUUACCUGAAUUUCUAGAUCAAGUUUUUGAGCAAUUGUGUCAAAUUUUUAGGAGAUAAGCUUCUCUUCGAUGGGUUAGUCUUACAAUCUUUUGAAUGGUUUGAACAUCAAAUUCAACAAAAGGUUAUUGUACAUUUGUAUUUAUUUGAAGCUAGUGAUCUCACAAUCAUACUAUGUCAGUUAGGUUGGAUGUGGCUGCUAAGUGAAUGCAAUCCAUCUGUGUCUAGUUUACUGAUUUCUUGUUCUGCAGUCAUCUUGCAACUUAGGAGUUAAUCUUCUCCUUCGUGUUAGCUUAAUUUAGUGGCUAAUAUGCCAUUGCGUCUGAAACUUUCCUUUUUUUGCAGAAAUGCAAAUUUGUUGCCUGUACAUAUCUGCGUCCAGAGUCAUAUUGUAUAAUUAUAUUUGAAAUUUAUAAAUGCAUUCUACUAUUUUU